AUGUUCACAGCUACCUUGGGGAUUUUGGCACUCAUUUUCUUUCCCCAUUUUAUUUCAACAGCACCAGUGCCGCUUUCGCGAGACGGGGACACCGCAAGUGUAAAGCAGAGUCAGCAGCGGAGGGGAUUUGUUCUGCCCUUGCAGCGUCGUAAGGUGGAACAGCGCAAUGUGAAGGAGCUACUUGCUGGGUCGAUCGGACUGGGCGAUUUUGCUGACAUAGUCUACACGGUUUCGGCUCAAAUUGGGAAUACGACAACAGCUCUCAAUUUAGACACAGGAUCGAGCGACCUGUGGGUAAUGACCGGUGCUUGUCAGACUACCCUCUGCUCGAAAUCGACGGCCACGGCAUAUUCUCCUUCAAACUUUCAACCAAUAGGUGUCGAUGUCAAUUUGACGUAUGGGGACUCAUCAUCUGGAACAUACGCUGCGGGCCCUGUAGGUCUGGAUACCGUAACACUCGCCGGACUUAGUCUGGCGAACCAACCAUUCGCCGCAGUUAAUAACACGGACAACUCCGCUGUAUCGAAUGGAGGUGCGGGGAUCAUAGGACUAGGUUUUCCCAGUGAGAGUGUUAUCCAGACACAGGUUAUUCAGAAGCAGUUCAAUGACCCUUCGACCACUGAUGACUUUGUUUCCAACAUCGCCUCGUAUGGCCCAUUCGUAUCUCGCCUGGUAGUGGAUGGUAUAAUUGACCAACCUCUAUUUUCUGUCACUUUGCAACGGGAUACCAUCGACCCUAGCGGCAACGGAAGAAUCACAGUUGGAGAACUUCCAAGUGGAGUUGACAACUCAUCCAUUACCUGGGUCCCCGUAAGACCUUACACACCGGCAGAAGGUGGGCUUAAUCCACCCUCUUUUGCUGCUGACGAGGUCUACCCUCUCCGUUGGGAGAUUCCCAUUGACAACGUGUAUCUAGAUGGGAAGCAGCUUCCGAAUUCAACUAUUCCACGCAAUGGCGUAUCGCCAUCUUUUUCCUCCGCCCUCAUAGACACAGGCAAUUCCAUCAUACGAGGACCCCAGGAUGUCGUUAGUAACAUCCUGAGCACCAUAUCCCCGGCCUAUGCAGCAAACUCCGACGCCAAGCCAAUCCUUCCAUGUGCCAGUUCACAUACCCUGGCUUUCCAAAUCGGCGGCGAGAUGUUCCCUGUCGAUCCCCUCGACCUCAUAUCGCAGAACCAAACAGAAAACGCGUCAGAGUGCGUCGCAAGCAGCGUCGUGCCGACCGAUCCCCCCAGCUACGGCGCGCUAUUCAGCUGGAGUCUUGGCGAUCCGUUUCUCAAGUCGAACCUGGUGAUAUUCUACUACGGCAACUUGACACACCCCUCUGUCGAUCCUCCGCGUAUCGGUUUCCUUUCCAUGGUGCCGAGUAACGCGUCAUCUGUCCUCCAGGAAGUCGUUUCGGAGGCCGUUCAGCAUGGCGGGGUUUUCUCAUGUGAGUCGUCCCGACUUGCGACUUGCCAUGGCACAAUUGGUGGUGUUUAUGCUAAUGUCUCACAGCCGAAACGCAAGCGGCACCUACAUCCAGUACCUUGA